AUGCCAGUAAUUGGACCACGUCCGCUGUCGCGGCUUCUGCUCUUCAGUUUAGUGCCAGUCGCGUCUUGGUUCAUCCUUCGGCCUCUGUUAGAGCCUCUUCCGUCAAUCCCUGCACUCUAUUCAUCCAUCGGAUUCUCUCUUUUUGCGUUCUUAGCGACCAUAUACCUAGUUCCAGCUCUAGGACCAACAUUUAUUAAGGCUAGGUUAAGCGGGCGGGACUUGCUAAAGGUUUAUGACAGUAAAAUACCGAGAGAGGAAACUCUGAUACCAGAAAGUCUCGGACUUGUUUGCGCAUCAAUCUACAUACUCUCAUUGAUACUGUUCAUCCCAUUCGCCUUCACCAAACCCAUUUUGGAACAGGUUAAUGGAAACAAAAGUCACCAAGGCAUAACUGUUGUGGAGUUUCCACAUUACCAGCUUUCUGUAUACCUUUCCUCACUUCUCUCACUCCUCGUCGCAACCAUACUUGGAUUUCUCGAUGAUGUGUUCGAUAUUCGUUGGCGGCAUAAGAUUCCGAUUCCGAUAAUUGCAUCUAUCCCUUUAUUGAUGGUUUACUAUGCUGAACAUGGGAAUACCAACGUCGUUGUACCGAUUCCUCUACGAUUCAUCUUUGGAACUUUGAUAAAUCUGGGUCCACUUUAUUAUAUAUAUAUGUCUUUGCUCUCAACUUUCUCAACAAACAGCAUAAAUAUACUCGCGGGAAUCAAUGGUUCCGAAACUAGCCAAGCUCUCAUCAUUGCGAUAUCAGUUAUCCUCAAUGACCUACUAUAUCUGCCAUGGCCUGUUGGAUUUCGGAUACCCCUUCACUUGUUGGGUAAUCAUACUGAAGUCGAAUUUGGGGGCGUCUGGAGCGCAGGAAUGGCACACGGAAGUCGUGAACUCGUGGAAAGGCAUCUAUUUAGCCUGUACUUUAUGUUACCAUUAGUGGCCGUCUGCCUGGGCUUCUUGUAUCAUAAUUGGUAUCCAGCACGCGCGUUCCCGGGUGACACGCUGUGUUAUGUAACUGGAAUGGCUUUCGCGGUCGUUGGAAUUCAAGCUCAUUUUUCGAAGACUCUGUUACUGUUUUUCAUCCCGCAGAUAUUUAAUUUCCUUCUAUCGUGUCCACAAUUGUUUGGACUUGUUCCCUGCCCGCGACACAGGGUCCCAAGAUUCGACGGGGAUACUAAUUUAUUGUAUCCCUCAACGGCAUCCGAAGUCGAGUUUCCCAAACCACCGACGAAGCUGACAACAAUCGUUCUCAAUGUUCUAGCGCUACUGGGGCUCACCAAAUUGACGAAGGACCCGAGCACCGGCGUAAUUACGAACGCUACAAAUCUCACUAUCCUGAACGUUUUCCUACUUCGACUCGGGCCGAUGAAUGAAAGGCAUCUGGUGCAAGUUCUUAUUUGUUCACAAGUAGCCGGAAGUAUGCUUGCGUUCUUUAUUAGAUACGGUCUUGCUGGACUUGUUUACGACGGGGACAGAAGAUGA